GAGUUAGAAGUUUAUCGCCAAGCAAAUCCUCGCGAAGAGCGAAAAAUUGAGCGAAUUAAAGGUUUGGGACAGAUGGAUGCUUCAGAAUUAUUUGAAAGCACGAUGGAUCCUAAUCAGCGGCAAUGUGAACGGAUAAUUCGGGAAUUAAUGGGAAUGAAGAGCGAUAAACGCAAGGAGUAUUUAGAGAGGCGUGAUUAUCGCGAAGCAGAAUUGACUAUCAGUGAAGAACAAAAAAUUAACCUAAUUAACUUGCUCUUGGUUAAUUUUCUCCGUUAUGCUUAUGCGGUGGUAGAGGACCGAGCAUUACCAAACAUUCAUGAUGGCUUAAAACCAGUUCAACGCCGAAUUCUUUUCGCCCUUUAUCAGUUAGGAAUUACUCCGAACAAAGCUGAAGUGACUUCGGCUAAUAUAGUAGUUUAUGGUCGAGGUAAUUUUGGUUAUGAUAAAAAUCCCCCGGCGGCGAUGCGUUAUACCAAGGAGGAACCAGUUGUCUUGCCGGUGAGCCUCCCCAACUUAUUAUUAAACGGUUCUAGCGGUAUUGCGGUGGGAAUGACUUCGGAUAUUCCACCACAUCAUUUAGGGGGAACUUUAACCGCCACCAUCAAUCUAAUUAAUAACCCAGACUUAAUUACUAUUCAGAAGAUUCAAAAGGAACUUUCCCGUAAAGAUCAGCAAAUUGCGGCAGUUAGUUCUAAUAUAAGAGAGGAGGCGGUGGUGAUUGGUAAACAGGCCGUGGAAGAGGAACUCAGCCAACUAGUCAGCGAAAGAAAAAAAAUCGAGGAAGAUUUCAUUCAAUUAAAAAAGAAAGUCAAUCAAGAAUUAGUUAACGAUUUACAAGGGCCUGAUUUUCCCACUGGCGGCUACGUUUUAGAAAAAGAAAAAUUACCUA